AUGCAAGUUGGUGAAAACAAUAAAGCUAUAAAGGAACGUUUCCGGGGAGAGAAAAUCUUCAACCUCAAAAACUAUUGUCUGCUUUCCAUGAAAUUGCUAACACCCUGAGAUUACUGACAUCCUGGUUGCUGACAUCCUGAGAUUACUGACACCUUUUGAUUACAGAUAUUCUGAGAUUGCUGACAUUUGAGAUUGCAGAAAUCCUGACAUUAAUGGCAGUACAAUAAGCAUUUCCCCGUUUAAGUAUUCCCGUGUCCCAUCUCCAUGACCUGCUGUGAAGCGGAUGAUUCAGACACUGAAAUGCCAAGAGAGAAAGAUCAUAUGAGCAUGACGGAACUCGAAGCACCAAUCAAUGGCCACCCAGAAAUGGACAGAGGUAGCAUGGCCGCAGAUAACAAAAAACGCUACAAGCAUCACCGUAACCUUAUAUGGUCAUUAUUCGCGACAGUAAUCGGAUGCCCAUUAUGUGGAGUCGUUGCAGUAUAUUACGCAAUUACAUCAGCUGAUUCCUGGGAUUAUGGCGAUAUUAAGGACUCACGCCGAAGGGCUAGAUUAUCGAUGAGGUGGUCAAUGUAUAGCAUGUGUACAUUCUUAUUGGUCCUUGCGGGUGUAGUUGCCGCUGUUGUAUAUGCCGUCUUAGGACUUAUGCCAAUGAUGAAAGACUUCAAAAUGAACAUCGGGAUUGUCGGUCCGCUAGAAGUGGAUAUAGUUUAAGCUUCAUGGUAAAUGGAUAUAGAUGGAGUUUAAAAUAUUAUGUAUGCAAAAUUGAUGCUUUUCGUCACUACACAAAAUCAUUAAGUGUUUUAAACAAAAAGUUUAUAUACAAAAUAUGGAUACAAACCACUAAAUCUACAUGAAUAAUGAAAGAUGAUGGAGAUAAAAGUAUUAGAAUAUGCACAAAGGAACACUAUGAAUUACAUAUAUACUGGUAUAUGCCUAUUGGGAUAAUGGAUGUACAUACUUACUUUGGAACUAUUUCAUGGAAAAACUAGGAGUCAUUAACCCAUGUAGAAAAGCUUGCCCCUUUGAGACACUGAAUGUCAUCAAGAAUUCGGACUAUUUAAAACUUCAUAUAUGCAACAGCGUGCAGCCAUCAAGAUCAAGAUGUAUACAAAAACAUACAGCAAAAUAUGCAAUUCGUUAGAGCUGAAUUUGACACCAUCAUAGUUAUAUAAUAUGACAUCAAAUCAACAUAUGUAUAUUGUUUGACGUGUCAUUUUGACUGA